AUGUCGAGCCCAGAACCCCUCCCACGCCCCGUCGGAACACUACUUGCCGAUCGCGAGCGGUCAAAGUCAGCCUAUUAUCCAUGGAAUCGUCCUCGCACCUGGCGCUUCUCUCGCGCGCAACCGCGCUCCUUCCUCACCCGCCUUUUUUCGUCGCGCCAACAACCAGAUACCCCGGUGGCCGCGUUUUAUCGGAUCUACGAAUUCUUCGUGCUCAACUGGACGAGCUCCAUGCGUCGCGAGCUCGAGUACUUCUGCUGCAGCCACCCGGACUGGGCUGUUGCUGCUCUCCCUGACCCGCAAGAUCCGGACCCCGUGCGCGCAGCCAUACUUGCUGUGCUCACUCGCCUCAUGUGCGCCGCGUUCAACCGUAGGAUCGAGCUCGGUGUGCCGCGCAACGCCCCGCCAAUCGUCCUUGACUGGGAGGAGCUCCAACAGAGGCCCAAGGUGUACGAGCACCCGCCAGAAUGGGCGAAGAACAUGCCGCCACUGAAGGAUCGAGUGGUACUUCCGGAUGAGAAGGGAGAACUCCCGAAUGAUUCGAGCGAAGACACGAGCGACGAGUUCAGGGAGAUGAACAUCCUUGUCUUCGCGCCUCACAUCCAUUUCAUCUAG